CAGGUUUGGGUGAGUGUUGCUGAAACGGGAUUAUAAAUAGUGGCGGAAACAUUACUGUGUUGGUGUAUGUGUGCGUACACAAAUCCCUAACAGCUGGAUGUAUCGCAUGCAAACGGACCUGUGGGAUUUCUGUUCGUUACUCAUAGCCGCGUGGUCUAUCACUCAUGGAGAAGAUUAUGUGAGCCUAAGUAUAAUCUGCAUGUACCAGUAGAAGGCAGGUUUCACGAAUACGUUCAGUGUUUUCUUGCUACCGUUCUUGCUGGAAGCGUGUUACCGACAGGUGUACACCUGGAAUACACACCUGACCUUAGUGUGUUGAGGCAGGGAUGACACACGAGGAUCGUUCGUUAUCUGUUCCUGCUUUACGUAUACCUGUCCGAGUUAAAGGGCGACCGUUACACUCGGACAGCCAGCACUUAUACUGAAUACCGUCAUUAUCAGGACAAAUUGUUUACUUGACUUGACAAAACAGGUUUAUUAUGAUGUGACGGAUACUGAUUUCCAAGUUUAAUAUCGAAAGGCCUGGCAGAAUUACCGAUUACAGCCCUCUACGUAAGGCAUUGGACUAGUAGACUUGGAUGGGAACUCGGCACGUGUGUCGAUAUUGAACCGUAAGCAGGUGAAUGUGUUCUCAUGGCACGUUCCAGACCUACAGGGGCGUACGUCUUCCACCUGUACAAAACAGGGGGAGUUACGACAGCGAUUUGUCGGUGAUCCAUUCCUAUUGGACCGGACAUUGAUGUAAAGACGAACACGCAUAUAUAUGCACCGGUAAGGUACUACACACACGUGUUGUUGGCAGUAAAGCCGUCGGCAUUCAUCCGGAACACCAAUUUGGGAUCUUAAAGAAAAUCACGUGAGAGGGUCGAGAUUUAUAAGUAAACAUAUUGUGUGUUUGGAACCCGGACGUAACCUUGUGUGAUCUUCGUAUCCACCCGAUGUCCGAACUUUAUCCAGUAUGAGAUUACGGACGCGCUAUGUAGUUUCCUGUGUUGGGAUAGUGUUCCUCGUCUGUACGUAUGAGUUAUACGUUAACUCGGGGGCUGCCAGAGAUCUGAUGCGUUCCGUCUCGGGGGAGCGGUUUCAACACGAUAACGAUGACUUCAUUCACGGGGGGAGGGGGAUCCGCCGGAGAGUAAUGGUGAGACGAGAGGAUACCGUUCGUUACACUGCAGAUCAUAAUCAACGGGCUCUGUUAGUAAACACAAGCAGCCAGAGCUUAGUGACGAUUACAGCAGACGAAUUUAGGAAAAACAACGAUAUAAAAUCGGGUAAUCCACUGAUUGACGAGUAUGGUUCAAACGACCUACAUCGGACGGGGGAAAUGGGACGAGGAGUCACGUUCGUAGGAACAGAAAAGAAAAAGGUGGCCGAGGCUAUUGAGAAAUAUCACCUCAAUGUGAUAGCAAGCGAUCUGAUUCCCCUCAACCGGAUGGUACCGGAUUCCAGACUGUCAAGUUGCGCGUCCAGGACGUAUGAGCAUGACCUCCCGACCACCAGUGUCAUUGUGCCGUUCUUUGACGAGUGGCCGUCCAUCCUACUCCGGACCGUCUACAGCAUCGUCAACAGGACCCCGCGCCAUCUUCUACAGGAAGUCAUCCUCGUGGACGACGGAAGUCAGAUGGAGGAACUAAGGAAGCCCCUGUCGGAGUACAUCAAAAACAACUUCCCCGCUGGCCUGGUGAAAUUGAUCCGACUUCCGGUCCGGACAGGUUUGAUCAAAGCCCGGAUACAGGGUUGGAAGAUCUCUCAGGGGCAGGUGGUCGUCUUCUUCGACAGUCACAUGGAGGUCAACAUCGACUGGGUCCAGCCACUUCUUACUGAAAUUAAGAAGAACCGGAAGACGGUGGCUAUGGGCGUUCUGGACUAUGUCAACAGCGAGACGUUUGAAUACCGAUUUAAUGAGGGCUACCUGACACGGUAUGGAUUCGACUGGAGACUGGUAUUCUUCGAGACAUUUUUCAGACAGGACCAAGUGGGGAUAACAGAAGACGCACCACGCCCGGGCGCUGUGAUGGUAGGGGCAGCGUACGCCAUCGAUAGCAAAUACUUCGGGGAGAUAGGGUCUUAUGACGAGGGAAUGAAGGUGUGGGGAGGUGAAAAUCUCGAGAUGGCUUGGAGGGUUUGGAUGUGCGGAGGAAGGUUAAUACACCUCCCCUGUUCACACCUUGGACACAUCGCCCGUACCCAGCCGUAUAGUUUCCCCGGGGGUCGUCACCACAUUGAGGUGUAUAACUACAGACGGGCAGUGGAAGUGUGGAUGGAUCCCCAACAUAAGAACUUCAUCUAUGAUCACUUUCCAGAUAUGAAGACUAUGGAUUCCGGUGACAUUACAGAAAGACUGAAGUUAAAAGAAAGACUACAUUGUAAAAAUUUUACCUGGUAUAUGGAGAAUAUAUGGCCAGAACUGGCCGUGUUUGACCGCAACACGUUUGCCUGGGGAUCUGCCAGGAACCUUCAAGACAACCGGUGUCUAGACAAUCAUCAAUACUUGUUCCAGGCUCCGGACAAUUUAUUUGCAGAAGAAUGUCAUCAUCAUCUAGCCUCACAGGGGUUUUCCUGGAGACAAGACAAACUACUACAGACCUCUUUGCAAUGUGUGGUACUUAAACAGAUGUUUGACGGAGCACGGCCUAUGCUUGAAGACUGUAUUAUAGGACCCCGGGACACCUGGCUACACGAGAAGAAUGGUUUUAUAAAACACGAAAAGAGUGGCUUGUGUCUCGAUAUGGAUGGAUCGGGGCCAGUAAUGAGGACAUGUCAGCCAGCCGCAAUAUCUCAAAAAUGGCAGUUCAACAAGUACAAUUAUUAACCCCGUCCAGCAUAAUCAACCUCGAAUACUAUCGUUGUGAAACAUAGCCAGUACUGGUUCAAAGUGCGUCUUAAAAGUAUUAAUGUACGUUAAUAUUCUUAUAGUGAUAUAUUUCAAUUACGCUAUAUUACACGUCCAUUACAGAUAAGUCGCUCAGAUUGUAUGAAAUACAAGUGAUGUUCAAGACGAGUUGAAAAGGUUACGAAAGUUGUAUAACUUAAAUUAAUGGUCUGUUUAAAGUUUUUAAAUGAGCAACCGAAACAGGUAGUGUUCCAGAUGCAGAUGCUGGGUAAUUUUCUUUGCGUUUUGGAACCUGCCACAGGAGAAGUUGAUAUGUUCUUAUUUACAUAUAUUGAAAAAAAGUAAUUAUGGCAGGUAUAGUUUUAUUGAUGUUUUUUUAAAAGCAUUGCGGUAUUUACCUGAAAAUGUAACGAUGUGAAGCACUCCUUAUUCUGUGUUAGAAAUUGUAGAAUAAGGUAAACUAAUUAUGCACAUGGCUUUCGAUCGUAAAUUGUGGUUUGGAUUGAACAAUAAUGUACCUCCUCUAUAGCUCUUUGAUCAGGGAUGUUAUGUAACGUCAAUCGUCUGAGAGAUCGCUUGUUAUUUACUGUGGGGAUAAACAAUUGAAAAAUAAUUAAGUUUUAAAUAACAAUUAAGAUAAUAAAUCAUAACGCAUUGUUACAGCUUCUUAUUUUACCAUUGACGGCAUGGAUUACUAUGUAAAAUAUGUUGACCUUGUUCUAUGAAUUGUAAGGUUUUAAGCAAGUACAGAUGAUGAUUAAUGAUUUUUUUUAAAAUUUUGAUUGCUGAGUGGUGUUUUGUGUGCGAUCUAUUUUUUUGUGAUUUUUUGCCCCGAAUGUCAUCAUAGUGCAAGCUGACAUUUAUAUACUGCACUGCCUAUAUCCCAUAUGUCGCGUAUGUUACGGAAGUAAGUUUUGAGGAGGGUAGAUAUAAUACAAUAUUCUCGAUUCGUUAUAAAGUGUAAUCUUGAUUACAUGUAUGUUUUAUCAUCUGACAUCAUAUCAUCAUACCUUUUGUUUGUAAAAUAAAUCAGAUUUAACUGAUUUUUUAUUUUUUUAUUAUACAAGACCAGUUUUCCGGUCAGCUAUUCAUAUUCACUCUAAGAGGGAAAUAUUCUAAUGUGUAACUCCGAGACAAGAUUGAUCUAAAGGAAAUAUGCCAUAGCAGGUAUUUAUAACACAGAGAUGUUUCAUAAUUGGUAUUUUAUUAAACAGAAAUGUCCCAUUACAUAAAUGUUUGAAACAGAAAAAUAAAAAUAUGUUAGUUUAUAUAUGCACAUCAGUUCUUAGACAAUACAAAGGUAGCGCGUGGAUGGAUGAAAUGUGAUCAUGCAAGGAACACAAUUGGGCGCGACAGAAGAGGGAGAUCAUAUUUUGAUGUCACGUGAUUUACCCAGUCUAGUCAGAUACGCAGUUUAGUGCCAUUUACAAAAUGUAUAUAUGUAGUUACUUAUCUAAAACUAUUAACAAAAUAAACCACACAACAUCACUGACAAAAGUCAUGAUUCGUUUAUCCGGACAUCGUGUAAUCCAAACAUUUUGUCAUGCUUCCCGAUUAACGAGUUUCGAAUAUAUAUAUAGUUGAGGUAAAGCAGUGUUUUGGUGAUAAGAAUAUUAUAUUUUUCUUGAUAUAAGAUAUCAAAUUGUAAUAAACACUUACAGUAUUAUUAUCGAUAUGAGCAUCUGUCAUUAAUAUAAACUUUAUUUCAUUCCAAAUUAAGUUGCAUUACAUCACAUAACAUACAAAGUACAGAGGAAUGGGAUCCGGAAACAAGUUGAAAUAACUUAUAUAAAUCCGUUUCCGAAUCUGUCAUUAAAUGCGUCUUGAUAAAUCACUUAGUAAAUAGUUUAUAUAUUUUAUAAAUGAAGCAAAUAUUGUUAUCAUCAUAGGAAAAUAGAUUAUAUUGAUAAAUAAACUGGACAUUUUAUAUAAUUUAAAAGGAAGUUCCCAGGGUUUAUGUUCCUUAAACAUGUAAGUGUUAUCCUGCCAUUAACUGCUUUGUUAACCUUUUAAAAACUUCCCUUUAGUAAGAUAACUACAUCCCGUUAGCAAUGGCUUACAUGUGGCCUAGGUGACCUGGGUGAUCUGUUAACUCUUCUUUAUUUAUUUUUUACUACAAACUUAAUUAAGGAAUAUUAUCAUGUUAUGCUCCUGUCGUUAAUCACCUUUAUAUAUGAAUAUUUUAGAAUGCUUAAUUAUGCAUAAUGAAUGUAUUAUGUCAUUUUUGACCUUGUGUUUUUUGUGAACGGCUUAUUUUGCUUCGGGAUAGUGGUGAAUCAUUUAUAACGGUUUUAAUUAAACCAACGAAUCAUAAUACUACAGGCAAGUUAUGUUAAGGUAGCUCAUUGGUCAUCCCCGUACGUGUGUGGAAGUUGCUUGUCGGAUAUAUCACAGUGCGCAUGCGUUAUUAUACAUACGAGGAAGUAGCUGGGCUAAAUGCAUUGUAUGUCAUUGUGUUACAUUUGUCAUCAUAUAUACAUUUUAUGUCAUUGUGUUACAUUUGUCAUCAUUUAUAAAUUGUAUGUCAUUGUGUUACAUUUGUCAUCAUUUAUACAUUGUAUCUCAUUGUGUUACAUUUGUCAUCAUACACACAUUGUAUGUCAUUGUGUUACAUUUGUCAUCAUACAUACGGGGAAUUGCUGGGCUAGAUGGCGUUUUAUGCCAUUAUGUUCAUAUGCCAUCAUAUAUACAUUGUGUGCCAUCAUAUAUACAUUGUAUGUCAUUGUGUUACAUUUGUCAUCAUACAUACGGGGAAUUGUUGGGCUAGAUGGCGUUGUUUGCCAUUAUGUUCAUAUGCCAUCAUAUAUACAUUGUAUGUCAUUAUGUUCAUAUGUGGAAGUUCUCUUUGUAAGGUAUGACAUCAUGUUCAUUGAUCACCAUACAUACGUAUACAGUCGUAGUGUGGAUAUGUAAUGUUUGCUAUUUGCUGCAACUCAUGCAAUGUACAUGUAGGAGGAGGUUACUCGGUCAGACCCAGUGUAUGUCAUUAUGUUCAUUUGUCAUCAUAUAUGAAUUGUUUAUGAGUGUUCCUUUGGUAGGGUAUGACAGUGUUCAUUGAUCAUCAUACAUACGAGUACAGUUGCUGUUUGGAUAUGUCAUUCCGCCCUUUUGCCAUCAUGCAUAUGUACAAGUUCGCAUGGUUAUUGUGCCAUAUCAUCCCAUUUAUGACAGACAUCCAUAUUUUCGUAUGUAACCUAGAAUUAAGAGUGUAGUAAGGGAUCGCUCUAUCUAUUAAUGCUAAACCAUGUUUUUCAUAGAUUUGCUCUGGCUUCAUGGGGUCUGUAUAGUCUUUGGUAGUACCAUUUACAACAACAUGACAUAUAAACACAUUUCAGCAUUGGGAUUUCUUUUUUGUCUUUAUACUGUUUAUUUUUGUGGACGAGAAGAAAUUUUGAGUCCAAACAAAAGUGCACAGAUAGGAUGUGCUGUAAAAUCAUUUGCGCGUUAUAUCCACUAUUCGAAAUCAAGGAUUUUUGAUUAUUUAUUACAGACUCAAAUCUAUGAAAACAUGUUUUAAACACAAGCACGAGAUUUAGUACAUUUAAAAGCGACAAUUAGAAACCAGUUGUGUUGUACAGUUGUAACAAAUUAACAUGCAUGGUGAAAAUGUUAGUGUCAUUUAUACGAAAUGGCCUUGAUGUAAUUUGUAUCAAGAAUUUAACUUGGGUAAUGCAUAUCCUAUACAGAAACGGUAUUUAUGUUAUAUUAUAUUUUGGUGGUUCAAUACAAGUGUCCUGUACAUUUUAGGUAUAGGGCAAUACAGUAAGGACGCUUGUGUUAUUACAGGGUUUAUUUAUUUCCAAUCUGUUGAUUUUCUUGCAAUACGUACUAUUGUGUAAUAUUCCAACCUAUUUGUAUAUAGCCGGUGAUGAUUUGAUAUGUAAAGAUCACAAAAUGGGUAACAGUUGCAAUUUUGAGAAAUGUGUUAUUACGUUCAUGCAUUUUAUAUAUGUCAAAUAUGUUGACGCGACCACCUCCGUUCAGUAGACCACCUGGGUUGAGAGACCACUUGUUUGGUGUUCUCCAUUAUAUGGAUUCCGUUGUGAACUAAACCUGUACUAACAGACGUUAUAUACAAUUUUGGAACGCCCCAUUGUCAUAAAAAACGGGAUUGGGACUCCAUGUUGUUGUACGUCCGACUAUGAAUAUCAAUCGAGUAUCGCAUUUGGAUUCCCAUAGUUGUCGGAGUAUGUAUGGACACCUACAAGUGUACUGCAUUGGCAGGCCUCAUUUUGGUGUGCACAUUCUCCUUUCCAGCAUUUGUGUUACAGCAAAAGCGUAGUGUUACUAGGAUU